AUGAAUGGAGAAGACCUAGUCAUCACCGGUUUCUCUGCACGCUUCCCGCAAGCCGACAGUCUCGUCGAAUUUAAGGAAAAGCUGUACGCGGGCGUGGACUUCGUGACCGAGGAUGAGACGAGAUGGCCUCGAGGGCAUCUGGGCUUGCCAGAGAGACUCGGCAAGAUCCGCGACCUGUCACGCUUCGACGCCCAGUUCUUCGGCAUUCAUCCGAGGCAGGCGCACCUGAUGGAUCCGCAGAUGAGAAUACUGCUGGAGACCACGCACGAGGCCAUCGUGGACGCCGGCUACGAACCCGCGACCUUGCGGGGUCGCAGGAUCGGCGUCUUCGUCGGAUGCUCCGACUCCGAGUCGGACGCGGCGUUCACCGCAGAUCCGGACAAGAUCGACGGCUACAACAUGCUCGGGGGCGCGCGCGCCAUGUUCGCGAAUAGGAUCUCGUAUUCAUUCGACUUCAGAGGACCCAGCAUGAUUGUGGACACGGCAUGUUCGUCGACAAUGACGGCUCUGAACCAGGCGAACAUUGCCAUUCGGGCCGGACAGUGCGAUGCUGCCAUUGUGGCAGGGAGCAUGAUUAGCUUGAAGCCCAGCACAGCGCUCGGCUUUUACCGGCUUGGCAUGAUGUCUCCGGAUGGCACGUGCAUGUCAUUCGACGCUCGCGGCAAUGGCUUCAUCAGAAGUGAGACUGUGGGAGCUCUGUUUCUUCAACGGACUUCCGAAGCCCGACGGGUCUACGCCCGGCUCAUUCAUAUCAAGGCGAACUGCGAUGGCUACAAAAAUGAAGGAAUCACGUUCCCGUCAGGAAAACAGCAGGAACAGCUCCUUCGGGAAGUGUACGCCGAGGCCAAGGUCGAGCCGAGUAAGAUGGCCUACGUCGAGGCUCACGGCACGGGCACGAAGGUGGGGGACCCCGAGGAGCUCGGGGCCAUCAGCAGCGUCUUCUGCGGGCUGGGUCGGGAGAAACCACUUCUCGUGGGAGCCAUCAAGAGCAACGUCGGUCACGGGGAAGCAGCUUCUGGGCUCAGUUCCUUGGCAAAGGUCAUCAUGACAUUGGAGACGGGAACCAUCGCGGGAAACCUUCACUACAAGGACCCGAAUCCUAACAUUCCGUCUCUGCUGGACGGAAGCGUGCAGAUUGUGGUCAGGCCAACUUCAUUUCCCGGAGGUGCGGUCGGCGUCAACUCGUUUGGUUUCGGUGGGUCCAGCGUUCACGCAAUCCUUGAAGGGAACCCUGGUCCUCAUGUGAAGGAACUUCCGCUCGAGAAACCCGAGCUGCCGAGAUUGGUUCUCGUGGCGGGCAGGACCAAGGAAUCUCUUGAGCGCACACUGGGAGUGAUGGAGGCUGAAGGAUCAUACCCGGAUUCAGCUUAUGCUCUGCUCAACCGAGUUGGACAACCAAGCGUGAAACAGUUUCCGUACAGAGGCUUCGCCGUAGUCCGCGUCGACGACUCCGGGAAGGACGUCGUAAAGUUGGCCGAUCAGGCUCCGUUCGAGAAGCGGCCGCUCUGGUUCGUCUUCACCGGCAUGGGCUGCCAGUGGAACGGCAUGGCGAGACAGAUGAUGCACUUCGACGUGUUCGCAAGCUCCAUCCGAAAAUCGCACGAUCUCGUGCUUAAGAAUUUUGACCUCAACCUGAUUGAGGCACUGACCGAGAGCACUGACGAGGAAUGGAAGAAGAGUGCCGCCUGUGUGCUUGCCUGCAUCGCGGCCGUUCAGGUGGCGCUGGUCGACACUCUUAGAGCCGUCAGCAUACAGCCAGACGGCAUUCUUGGCCACUCGGUGGGCGAGAUCGGCUGCGCCUACGCUGACGGCAGCUUCACCGCGGAGCAGACGGUGCUGUGCGCUUACUGGCGAGGGCACUGCAUCGACGUGGGAAACUUACCGAAGGGAGCCAUGGCAGCUAUGGGGCUGACGUGGGAAGAGGCGGUAAGCAGGUGCCCCGAUGGCAUCGUCCCUGCUUGCCACAACGCCGAGGACUCGGUGACCGUGUCCGGUCCAGCUGAAGCCGUGGCCAAGAUGGUCGCUGAGCUGAAGGCCGGCGACGUGUUCGCCCGGGAAGUGGACAGCCUGGGCGUGGCCUUCCACAGCCCUUACAUUGCGAGCAUCGGUCCUCCGUUGAAAAAGCGGCUAGAGGAGGUUGUCCCUGACCCAAAACUCCGGACUGAGCGUUGGGUGAGCUCGUCGGUGCCACAAUGUAGGUGGCACGAGCCUGACGCAAUCUUUUCCUCUGCCGAGUACCAUGUGAACAACCUCCUCUCAACGGUCCUCUUCAGUGAGGCCCUGGAGCACGUUCCGAGGGACGCCAUUUUGGUGGAGAUUGCACCACACUGCCUUCUGCUCCCGGUGUUGCGUCGUGCUCUUGGCUCGGACGCCAGUUGCUUGGGCCUGAUGAAGAAGAAUGUGGACAACCUAGCAUUCUUCCUCAACACACUGGGGAAGCUGCACACCCUGGGAGUCCAGCUGGACUUGACUUCGUUGUACCCGACCGUGACGUGGCCCGUGCCUCGUGGCACGCCCAGCAUUUCUCAUCUUGUCAGCUGGGACCACACAGAGAAGUGGACGGUAGUCAAGUGGAGCGACUUUCCCGGCUCGUCGCAGAUGUCCGAGGAAGUCGUCGAGGUCGACCUGGAGGCCAACGAAGGCGACGCCUAUCUGGCCGGUCACCAACUUGACGGCCGCGUGCUAUUCCCCGCGACCGGAUACAUGGUGUUGGCCUGGAAGUCGCUGACCAAGCGCUCCGGCAAGCCGUUCCACCAGGUACCCGUGGUAUUCGAGGACGUUACCUUCCACAGGGCCACCAUCCUACCGAAAGAAGGCCCCGUGAAAUUUUUGGUGAACGUGAUGCGAGCUUCGGGUGAGUUCGAGGUGUGCGAGGGCGGAGUCUUGGUGGCGAGUGGCCGCAUACGCGUAGCCGAAGAAGGCGACAACUUUUCCGACCCGGAACCGCCUUUAUGCCCGUCGGUCAAGUCAUUGGCCAUCUGCCAGCUAAACAGCGAAGACAUCUACAAGGAGUUUAGGCUUCGUGGCUUCCAAUACUCCGGACGCUUCCAAGGCAUCGUCGAGGCGGACUUAGACAAUAACCGUGGCAAGCUUAAGUGGGAAGACAACUGGGUGACGUUCAUCGACAACAUGCUUCAGUUCAGCAUUCUUAACGACACACAGAGGACAUUCAAGAUGCCCGUCCAGAUACGAUCAUGCCUCGUUGAUCCAGCAGUCCACGCAAAAUGUGUCGACAAAGCAUGCGAUGCUGGUGUGCCGAUAGUCUACGACGAAUACUUGAAGACGUGUCGAGCCGGAGGAGUCGUCAUUCGCGGCGUCAAGACCACCGUCGCACCGCGACGCUCGGCGCAGCUCACGCCGCAGCUGGAGGAGUACAAGUUCGUGCCAUACGUCGACGACGAGUCGACAAGACGGGCCCGGGAAUGCACCGUGCGCGAGUACGUCGACGUGUGCACCGUUGUCACCAGGCGCAUCCUGGAGGAGGCCCUUGGCAAUGACAACGAAGAAGCUCCUUUCAGCGUCACAAAUGGCUACCCCCAGUUGCCCGUGGACAUCGUAAAGAGGUACACGGACGAUCCUUCCGAAAACUACGUACUUCUGCGCAUCCUCUUAUCUAUUCAGAGUGCGAUCGGUGCAUCGACUUCGUCUCUAGAUUCGGCUGUAAAGUCAGCGCUGGCACAGUUUGGAAAAGACUUGAAGAAAGACCUGCUACACAUGGCCCUCUAUCGAGAAGAUCCUUUGAGGCACCUUCUGGACGUCGUGGUAGAAAACACCAGCUCUAAACGAUUUCGAGUUCUGGAGAUCACAGCUGGCCAAUCCGAGUGUCUGAUGGCACCUUGGGUCGUAAAUUUGCUGACCCUUUCUAGCACGGAGCUGAAGUUGGAAUACACCGUGGCCCAUUCGUGUCCGGGCGAGUUUCCUUCUACGGAUCUACCGGAAGGCGCCAAGAUGAUCACGUGGGACCCGACGUCUUUGUCCUCCAAGAACGGGCUGCCGGAGUCUGACCUCAUCGUUGUCCGCGAUUCCAGUGGACCUCCGAAUGACCUGAGGGCUCUCGCAGAACAGUUGUCGGCGGAUUGCAAGAAAGGCGCGUUCAUGCUACUGUCCCAGCGUUCAGUACUGACACCGGCUGAGUCGUUCUUGUCAACUGUAGGCAACACUGAUUUCUCGCAUUGUCCAAAGCACACGGGGCUGGCCUCGGUGCUUGAAGCUCACGGCUUUUGCAGGGUGGCACUCAAGUCCAACACGUUUUCGACAUUGCUACUGCUACGUAAGGCAACGGGCGUACUCAAAGCAACGGGGCAUGAAGUCGUCAGGGUGAGCAACGCUAACUUUGGUUGGGUCGAUACGCUGAAGACCAAAGCUGUGGAGUUCGACGGAGAGCCGCCGGGACAUAACCUGUGGCUGCUUGCCGAGGAUGUCGGCAACAUUGGCAUAGUGGGCCUGGUGAAUUGUCUCAGAUCGGAGACAGGUGGAAGUCACAUCAGAUGCAUAUUUGACGCGAGCCUAAAAGGAACCAGCAAGGUAGCUGAUUUCGCGCCAAACAACCCGCAGUACAAGGACGUGCUGCAGAGAGAUUUGGUAAUGAACGUGUACUGCGACGGACGAUGGGGUUCCUACAGGCACGUCACCACGUCGUCUUGCGGAGCGCCGAAGAAGACAACGGAGUGCGCGUACCUCGACGUCGAAACACGCGGCGACCUCUCCAGUCUACAGUGGUGCGAGUCUCCCCUGUCUUACGCUUCUCCGUCCAGUCUCACCAACAAGGUCAUAUGCAGCGUGUACUACGCACCCCUUAACUUCAGGGACGUCAUGCUCGCCUCCGGAAAGCUUCCACCCGACGUGCUGCCUGGCAACGUGGAGACGUUCAAGGGUCUCCUGGGCUUGGAGUUCUCGGGCCGAGACCCCCAGGGUCGGCGGGUAAUGGGCUUGGCGCCUGGUAUGGGCAUGGCCACGGCCGUGGUGACAAACCCGGACUCGCUGUGGGAGGUGCCGGAGUCCUGGAGUCUCGAGGAGGCCUCGACUGUGCCUGUGGUCUACGCGACAGUCUACUACGCGCUCAUCGUCAAGGGUGACAUGCGACCGGGCGACUCUCUGUUGGUACACUCGGGCAGCGGAGGCGUUGGACAGGCUGCCAUUUCGGUCGCGUUGUCCAUGGGAUGCACCGUCUUCACUACAGUGGGCUCCCGGGAGAAGCGAGAGUACCUUCUGCGGCGCUUCCCGCAGUUGGAGGAGAAGAAUAUCGCGAACUCUCGUGACUUGUCCUUUGAGGAUCACGUGAUGCGUCAAACCAAAGGCAUAGGUGUGGACCUCGUGCUCAACUCACUCGCCGGGGAGAAGCUACAGGCCAGCGUGCGAUGCCUGGGGACAUACGGCCGGUUCCUGGAGAUCGGCAAGUUCGACAUGUCCAAGGACUCACCGCUCGGAAUGUCAGUGUUCCUCAAGAGCGCUGUCGUGUACGGCAUACUACUAGAGUCGCUGUACGGCGACAGCCCGCUCGCAGCGGAGGACAGGCGUCGCGUCUGGCAACUGGUGCGCGACGGCGUCGCUUCGGGUGUGGUACGACCACUGGACGCCAUUCGUUUCUCGAGGGACCGGGCUGAGGAAGCAUUCCGCUUUAUGGCUUCCGGGAAGCACGUCGGAAAAGUCGUGCUCGAGAUUCGACCUGAGGAGAGCCCACAGAAGACUGCGCCAGCCUCGCCACUAGCCGUGGAGGUGACCUGUAGGACGCUGUUCUACGAGCACAAGUCCUACGUAAUCACCGGUGGCCUCGGAGGCUGUGGACUGGAACUCGCCGACUGGAUGGCGAAUAGGGGAUGUCGCAAGCUUUUGCUUACGUCACGGUCCGGCGUACGGACCGGAUACCAGCGACUGUGCCUCCGCAGGCUUCGCCGUAUGGGAGCUAACGUAAUGGUGAGCAAGGAGGACGUUUCGACGAAACACGGAGCCCGGGCCAUCAUCGAAAUGGCCGAAAGAUUAGGCCCCGUUGGCGGGAUCUUCAGCCUCGCAGUGGUCCUUCACGAUGCGAUCUUAGAGAAUCAAUCGCCCGAAGCUUUCGAGACCGUGUGCAGGCCGAAGGCGGACGGUACCAGAAACCUGGACGAAGUGUCUCGCGAGUUCUGCACAGAGCUUGACCAUUUCGUCGCCUUCUCAUCCGUUUCUGCGGGACGCGGAAAUCGAGGCCAGACCGGCUACGGCUAUGCAAACGCCAUCGUAGAGCGUGUUUGCGAGAGGAGAGCUGCAGACGGAUUACCCGGCCUCGCUGUCCAGUGGAGCAUCAUCGGUGACGUCGGCGUAAUGCGUGACGCGAAAGGUGCCGACUUGGACUACGCGGGCUAUGCGCCUCAACGCAUCAGUUCGUGCCUGUCGGUGCUCGACGUGUACUUGAACCAGAAGCAUCCCGUCGUGUCGAGCUUCGUCAAGACUGACACAUCGUCCGCGUCGAAUGAGCAGAGACCGAAGGCUCGAAACCUUGUCCAGACCAUUACCAAUAUAUUUGGUGUGAAGGACUCCUCAAGCCUCGAUCCUAACGUCAGCCUCGGCGAGCUGGGCAUGGAUUCACUGAUGGGCGUUGAGGUGCAGCAGACCCUGGAGCGAGACUACGACUUCGUCAUGUCCAUGCCCCAGAUCCGGCUGCUCACCAUAGUCAAGCUUCGGGAGAUGGACGAGAGAAGCAAUAGAGAAGGCAAGCGGCCGUCCAGGAACACCACUGCGGAGUCAAAAACGAUGGACGUGCCCACCCGGCCACCCGCGGCUCCACGGCGGACAUCAGUUGAGAAGUUGGUGCCCGACCGUGUCGUUGUGAAUAUGAAUGACGUCAAUGGACGCUCGCCCGUAUUUUUCAUCCAUUCACUCCAGGGUCACGUGGCGAAUUUGUUAGAGCUGGCCAGUCACCUCCCUAUGAGAGCCGUCGGGAUGCAGUGGACACCCGACACUCCGGUGCGAUCCGUCGAGGGGAUAGCGACUGCCUACUUGCAGAGACUCAAGGAAGUCCAGCCAAAAGGCCCUUACAGCCUGGUCGGGUAUUCCCUUGGCGCCACAGUGGCCUUCGAGAUGGCUGUGCAGCUCCAAAGUGCCGGGGAAUCAGUGGGAAGCCUCAUCCUCCUUGAUGGCUCACCCCAGUACGUUGCCAUGAGGUGGAGCCACUACCAGAACCACUUUACGGACGCCAAAGAGGAAGAAGAAUCUUUCGUAUUGUGCGCGUUUCUCAAGCAGUACCUGGACAUCGACUUCCGAGAGGUCCGCAACCAGCUGAACUCGCUUACGAACUGGAAUGCUAGGCAAGAAGUGGUCGCUGACCUCCUCCUCGAGGCAUGCCCGAAACUGCGUUCGAGAAGACAGGAUGUGGCCACCUCCGUACGCGCCUUCCACGAAUUCGUCACCGUUGCUUCCAAGUACCAGCCUCGCGCAAAAUUCCACGUUGACGUACUGCUUGUCAAGUCGUCGAGUCCGGCAACAGCUACUUCAGCGGAGCGAUGGGAAGAGCUGCUGGCCAGCCAGAACCUGGAGAAUGAGCUCACUCUGAUGGACCCGGCCCGCAGAGCGGCUGCUGCAAGCGGAGCCCUGGGCUGA